CUAUGUGUGCUGUGUGUCGUCGUGUCCCCCCCCGCGCUGAAAAGGCGGCGGCGCUCCGUGGCCCCCGGCCGCUACCGGCAAAGCCGGGGAGCGUGGAAGGCGCAAGGUGCAGAGUGUGCGUGUGCGUGCGUGUGUGUGUGUGUGUGAGCACGGGGGGGCGGCGGGGGUAGAGUGCGUGCGUGUGUGUGUGUGUGUGUGUGUGUAGGAGGGGGGGGGGGCGAGCCCCGUCCGCCCCUUAUAAGAGACACAAUCCCCAGCCACUUUUUUGCAAAAGGGGCUUUGCAAAGCAGCCUGCGCACACGCGAGCGCCACGAGCCUCCCCGCGGCUGCCGCACGGAGGGCGAGAGGGAGGGGGGCGGGCAGAGCCGCCCGCCAUCCCCGGCCGCCCGCCCGCCCGGCUCCGCCGCCCGCUCCUUUUGGAGCCCCUUUCCCCCUGCCCUCCGACACCUAUUUUUUUUUUUUAAGCGACCGCCGCAAAUUAUUUUUUUUUUCCCCUCUUUUUAAAUUUUUUUUUGGUGGCGGGGGGACGCGGACCGGCCGCCGCUCGGGCGCCCCCGCCUCGCAGGACGCCCCCGCGCCCAUGGCCAGCGGCAGCCCCGCCAGGAUGGCCAGCGGCGCCGGGCAGCCGCCCUUCCUGCAGCCGGCGUGCUUCUUCGCUGCGGCGGUGGCCGCCGCCGCCGCCGCCCCGCCGGGGCCGCCGCCGGGGGCGCCGCCGCCGCAGCUGAGCCCGGCGGGCGGGCAGCCGUCGCCGGGCGGCAAGCCCUCUGCGCCGCGGGCCGCCAAGCGGCAGCGCUCGGCCUCGCCGGAGCUGAUGCGCUGCAAGCGGCGGCUCAACUUCAGCGGCUUCGGGUACAGCCUGCCGCAGCAGCAGCCGGCGGCCGUGGCGCGGCGCAACGAGCGGGAGCGCAACCGGGUGAAGCUGGUGAACCUGGGCUUCGCCACCCUGCGGGAGCACGUCCCCAACGGCGCCGCCAACAAGAAGAUGAGCAAAGUGGAGACGCUCCGCUCCGCCGUCGAGUACAUCCGCGCCCUGCAGCAGCUGCUCGACGAGCACGACGCCGUCAGCGCCGCCUUCCAGGCCGGCGUCCUCUCUCCCACCAUCUCGCCCAGCUACUCCCACGACAUGAACUCCAUGGCGGGCUCCCCCGUCUCCUCCUACUCCUCCGACGAAGGCUCCUACGACCCGCUCAGCCCCGAGGAGCAGGAGCUGCUCGACUUCACCAGCUGGUUCUGAGCGCCGGCGGGCACCGCGGCAGGACAGUUGCAAAAGGGAAAAAAAAAUAUAUCACACACAGAAAGACAGACAAAAAUCCACCCAGAAAAAGAACCUGUUGCAUUUCCCUCUCCCCCGCCGUCGGAGGGCGGUGCGGGCACGUCUCUCGGCGGGCGGGCACAGCGCUGCGCGCCGCGGGGGCGGUCGGGGCGGCCGCCCCCAGCCCCCGGAGCCCCGUCGGCCUUUGCACUCCGUCGCGCCGCCACGGACUGCGCCCCGGCGGAGCGGGUGUCCCGCGGGCGAACCGCGGCGGCCCCGGCCGGGCGGAGGAGCUCUUCCUCCUCCCCAGCAGAAAGGCAUCCCCUCCUCUCCGCACCCCGGCCCCGCCGCGGCCUUUCAGAGACUGGCGUUCAUCACUCUGUGGACAAAGUUAGUUCCCCGAUGUUUGUGGAGAUGCUGAAAUUAAGCUAUGCUGUACUCAAAGAAACUCCUGGAGCCCCGUCUCCCCCCCCCCCCCCAUUCCCUGCGCCUCUCACUCCCCUCUCCCCAAGCUUUUCCUCUCGGUUCCAUCAUAGAAUGCUUCCAAUCUUUUUUUUGUUAAUUUUUUUAUUAUAAGAAAAUCUAUUUGUAUCUAUCCUAACCCGGUUGGGGAUAUAUUAAGCUAUUUUUGUACAUAAGAGAGAGAGAGAUUUAUAGAGGUUUUGUACAAAUGGUUUAAAAUGUGUAUAUCUUGAUACUUUUUUUAAUAUGUAAUGCUUAUUACCUCUUCAUGUUUAGACUUGUAGUCGACGUUACCUUACAACUGCCAUUUUUGUAUGUGGUUUUGUAAAGGACUUGGAUUUCCUCCAGAUGUACUUUAGCACCAACGUGUCUUACUUUAUAGAAACUUUGUUAAUGUAUUAAUAAUGUUAUUAAACAAUGUUCAAAGUGAACAAAGUUUAUGCAGCUAUUGUCCAAACGCAAAAUGGUAGCCAUUUGUUUUUAUAUGCUGCCUUUUGAAAAAAAAAAUACACAAGCAAACAAACAACCCCCUCCCCAUGCUACUGCCUUUUCUUACUGUUUUAUUACAAACUUACAAAGGUCCUGUAUAACCCUGUUUUAUACAAACUAGUUUCGUAAUAAAACUUUUUUUAAUUAAAAUGAUCGGCUGCCUACUGCAUGCAAUUUUUUUUCUUUCUGCCAUUGACAACGAUGAAUGUAAGGACAAACUG